GCCACCCAAUCUCUCAGAAAGAGCAAGCGUUUGUAGGAGGACGCAUCAACACCGUCUGCUGCCCCCAAUAAUUCCGUUUGAAUAGGAAAUCAGUCCGUAAACGAAGAACACGGAGGACAGGCGUUCUUAUUCUUCUCCUCCGAUUACGAAUUCCAAUCUUGUGUGGAACACACGUUCAGUGAUUACCUUCCUUCUUCUUCUUCUGCGAAGCAAGUAGUGGUGAGGUGACGUUUACUGUUUGAGUUUCGGAUUUUGGUCCAGUGGUCGCUUCCCACUUUCUCCCGCAGCUAACUCUGCAAAAGAUAAACUAUUCGAGGAGCAGUACUGCACUGACUUGCGAGCAUUUCAGAGGGUGCUAAAAAAGUUCUUCAAAUUAAAUCAACAUACAUUACAUAAAUAAAUAACAUUAUCGAGUUUCUUCUCGAAUUGGACCCUGGAAGAACCCCAUUUGUCUCUCCUAACCUAACUAACGAACCGACGAAACGGUCCAAGUUUUGUCUUGGUUGGAAUUCGACACCGCAUUCGUAUACGAAACACCAGUGACCCGGAAGGAUUCUCGAUAACCAGCGUCACCAUGCGUCUCUUCUUGUGGUUCACACUGUUCACAAUCUGCUCCUUGCACUUCACACAAGCUGGGAUCUAUAGGCGCUAUGUGCGCAGGAAUCGACCGAGGCCUCCACGGUCGUACACUCCUCUGGACGAGAUGAUGAUGAUGCCAGUCAUGAUCCCUACUGACCAUUUCUCGAGACGGGGUUCCCACUUGUUCGUCCCCACCCCUUGGCCUUCUUUCCUCUACAGGAGGGCGAGGUCGGCCUGGACUUUCCCGUCCUUUGGCUUCAACCAGCCACCCAAGGCGAACAUGCGCUUCAGACAACCCAACACUGAGAGGCAGGACACUGUUCCUAAUUUCCAUCACCAACCGACCGGGCAUCACUAUCCGGGGACCACCCCACGACAUCAUCAACUGAGCAGCACGCCGUUUCCUGCUUGGAGACCACUGGACUUCAACUCGCCCAUUGGUGACCCCACCUUCGACUAUGCUCCACCUUCUAUGGAACGUGUUAGAUUCCAUUCUGAAGGCCAAAACAGACGCACGACUGCCAGAUCGAAUACUCUGCCAGCUGCGUCCCCAUUCCCCAACAGACCUCCACCCCCAGGGUUUAGCACUCGCCCAUCCCUCUGGAAAAUGUUGGCACAUAAGCAACGAUCGCAUCAAAAACGGCCCUUCCAAUACCAAGGUCAAAGACAGCAACAUCCUGGAGGUCCUUAUCAACGACAUCCCAGCAGUCAACAGCAGCAAUCAUUGCCGUAUCAUCACCACCAUCACAACCAAGUCUUCCACGACGAGGCAGAUAUUUUUCCACGAAUUCCAAACAUGGUCUACUUCCGGCCAAAUGAUGUGAUAUCCUCACGUCGACCAGGACCACCUCCACCCUUUGGCCUUCCUCCACGACACCACCCACAUCCCGGUCCUCAAGGUACUACAACUACCUCCACAGAAUUAAAUAAGGAGAAAGCAGCAGGUGACGAUGUGUUUGUCGGCGGCGGAAGUGUGGAAAAUGUUGCUUCGAGUGAAGCGAGUUGGAAUGAUGAAUUCAAGGCUGCUAAACCUAAACCUAAACCUAAUACCGUGUCAAGAAAUAAGGAAUACCUCUUUACUGUUGUAGGACAUUCAUUCCGAGGACCCACCACAUCCUCACCUCAGUGGAGCUCUCUAAAUAGCAUGUCUCCUCCACUGGUGCCCGCAGCCGUAGGAGCACCAGCAACCACACCCACCAGCACCAAGAAACCAACGGUACUCCAUGCUGUCAAAACCACAGCUUCCACCAUCACCACCACCCACAACUCGGUAGGCAAACCUAAUAUACCCACCGAAAGUCUCGAGCCUACCGACUACCAGGGUGGACACAAAAACCAUCGUCACCACCAACAUGACGAGGAGCAGGAAGAGUUUGACGAAAGUACGGAGGAGAGUGAAAACAUUGAGAAAGUGAUCAAGAAUGAAAAGAAGAAGCCUUCAAGCACUCCAAGCACGCCAACAACUACGUCGUCGUCCUCCACUCCGCCAAGCAAGAAGCAGUCAGAUUCCAACAAAUCAUCAGACCUUGAUAAACUUGACAUGGUGCCAGCCGCCCCUAUCUUUCCAAAUUCAUUCAACAUCCUCGACUCUGUCAAACAUGUUGAAAAUGAUGAUGAUGAUGACGACGAGGACGACCACGAUGAGAAUCAUGAAGACUCUUCACCCGAAAUUGAGCCUGAAAAUGAGAUCCCUGCCACAGUAAUUGAAAUUCCAAGUAGUGGAUCCACUCAGUCUGGUCUUGGUGGUGGUGUCAAACCUCGUCCAGUUUUCAAUAAUGCAGUGAAGCAUCCCAUGUCGGAUGAGUCGUCCCUGUUCAAGACAUCCACAUCCAUUUCCGUCUCUGUGUCAAAAGAUCGUAUUCAAAUCCCAACAAAAGCUCCAACAAGACGCACCACCACGACGUCCUCCCCCCGAACACCUGAGACAAAAUCAACAACGACUGCACGAGCUACCUCUACAACCUCUCCAACUACGACGAGUACCCAAAAACCAACAAAAUUCCCCAAACUGCCAACAAUGCCAGCCUACAAGAAGAAGCCUACCCCAGUUUACGCCCGUAAAAAUAAGAAUGCUUCCAACAGUCCCUUCGGGAAGUACUCCUCGUCUUCUUCGAGCUCGUCGCUGGCCAAGGAGAUGAAUGGCAGUGGCGAAAUCGUCGUGAUUACUGCAGGGAGGAGUAAAGUGAAGGAGUACAAGCCACAAUUCAUUGGCGACAAUUCACAACUUUUAACUUUCGACAAGGUGGCUGAGGGCUCGCCUACGGCGUCAUCCGUCGAGAAAGCAGCAGCCACAUCCACACCUAGUCCCUCCUCCUCCACAACAACGACCAAAUCGCCUCUCCAAGAAUUCGACCCCAUGCAACUUUUACACUCUUGGUUCACAAAGUCUUCAGACUAGAAAUGCUGAAAGAACAAUACAUAAAUAUAUUUAUUUUCUUUUGCCUUUCAAAUCAUUUCACCAUGAUUGAGUGCUUAUAUUGUGUUGUAAUGUGUUUCAUGCGCGUCAAGAUUAUUUAUUUUUCUAAACUUUUUCUUGUAUGUUUUUUUAAUAAUUUGUGUUCUAAGCAGUUGGAAGAUGAAAUAUGAACAAUGAGCUAAAUAAUUUCCGAAUUAAGUGACUGGUAGUCUUAUGUAUGUCGUGUCGUUGAGUGGAUUUAUUGUUGUACACAAAAAGAAUUGUUGUGUCGACUAUAUCAAUACAAAUAAUAGAUUUAAAGUGAAUGGAAAAUUAUGGGUGCGAUAAUUUUUACAACUGACGAAAUAUUUAUAAUACGUGCAAUUAUUUAUUAUUAGGAUAUUAAUUUAAUAAAAAAGAACCAAUGUUACUUGUGCAUGUAUGAUCAUAUUUAUUUAAUAGUUUACCCCAUUGCCUUACAUUUUGAUGUGGAGUUUAACGUACGUAUGUACGUAAUGUUGUAUGUGAGACUUAUAGUAUUGCAUAUUUCAAAACAUGUGUGUAGUAGCAAUACAAAGAAUAAAGAGCUAGUAAAUCCGGUUCUUUAUUCGAUUUAAGGGCAAAAUAUUUGUUUGAAAUGCUGCAUAGGUAGAAUUUUAAUUAUUAGCCUGAAUGAAAUUCAUGUUGCCAUAAAUCAAUAGUAAUAAUAAUUAUUAUUAUUCUUUCUAAUUGACAAAACCGUUUAGUUAAAAAAAUAUUUUUGUAAGAUUCAGUAUAAAAUGAGGACAAUCGUUAUUGCAACAAAUUCAAUUAUAUUACACUAACAAUGAAUCUUUAUUUUAACAUUUAGCCAGUAUACAUAGAUAAUAACUACGUUAUAACUAGGAUAAUAAGUACUUUAGUCGUGUACAUGAAUCACGUGUGCGUUGUUUCCAUUUUGUUGUAUGUAUUUUAAAUAUGACCGAAUUUGUGCAAUAAAUGCUCAAGAUGUGAUACCCAAA